AUGUCGGAGGAGAGGUCGCGCCGUUUGUCGCAGAUAUUCGACCCGUUGUCUAGGUUUAUGGAUCAUAGCGGCGCGGGGCAAUCGGUUAGUACGCCGAAUAGUCCCAGGUUGUUGCCCAGGCGCGCUAGGGAACCCCCACCACCACCUCCUAGGCCAUUCGGUCAUUCAUCCCGGUUGGACGAGCUCGAGUAUGAGCUAGCAGUUGCUGAGGCGGAUGUCAACUGGCAGGAGAGAUGCCUGGAACUUCAGCUGGAGUUGCAUCGCAGCCGGCAUCAAGCGACCAGGGUCAGAGACAUGCUCAGAGAUAAGGUAAGAUUAAUAUUAAAGACCAUACAGUCAAAAUAUGUGACGAAUUUGCUUUGA